GGGUAAAAAUAGAGCUACAUAUGUAGGUACCUAACCUGUGCAAGGUGGAGAUGGAUAUAAGGUAGGUAAGUAGGUAAGUAGGUAAGUAGGUAUGUAGGUAUGUAAGGUAGGUAAGGUAGGUAGGUAGGUACUAGAUAUGUAGGUAGGUACUUGGGUAGGUAGGCGAGGCAGGUAGAUGCUGAGAUACUUAAAGGGUCGGCUGCAUUCACUGCCUCGCGGGGAGAAGAGCUUCGCCUCCUUUGCCUAACCCGAAUCCGCCUGAUCUCUCUCACUUGCCCUUCCUUCACCGCGCCCCUAGCCUUAAGCCUCCUUACUCGUUAACGCUACAAAGUUUCCGACGACUGGCUCGCCUCCAAAACCCUAAGCCGAGACCAUCAACUACAGAACACAAGUGAAACCAGAAGGAGCGCAAGACCAGCAACAGCACCAAGGAAUUCAUCGGACGAAUCCAUCAUUACGCGUGCCACUACUACAUCUCGUCAAUUUGCCGAAAAAAGCACAAAUUCACCCUCGUUAUAAAGUCGAGCCAUGGCGGGCGAGAAAGACCCCAUCACUUGCCACGUGCUCGACACGUCGAUAGGAAAGCCUGCGAAGGGAAUUCGGGUGAAGCUGGAGGGAGGACACGCGCCGCUCAAGACCUUCGAGUCACAGACCGACGACGACGGUCGUAUCAAGACGUGGCUGCCAUACAGCAGUGCGCGAGAGGCAGGCGAUGUACCUACAUAUGCCCUAGACGAUGUCUUGUCCGAGGUCGAAGCCACAUCCACAUGGACCCUUCGAUUCGACACUGGGUCCUAUUUCGGUGAAGGAAACACCUUCUUCCCUGAGGUCGUCGUGACCUUUGUCGUUAACAAGGGCCAGCACUACCACGUCCCAUUGCUACUAGCCCCAUAUUCAUACACAACCUACAGAGGGAGUUAGUCCAUUGGCGACGAGGCGGGAUUUGAUAGUCGUAAAGCACGUGCCCAUUAGGCGUAGCGCCGGCAAGGUCUCCUUCCACGCAUAUGGGCGACCGAAUACUACAUUUAAUGAAGCUAUGAUACCAAGGCGGGUACCCAUCAUUGGAGAUGGGCUCGGUGUGAACAUACAUCGCAGAAUAGGUCUUGCCAACAAUAGAUAUAAGAUCUCAAUAUUCUCUUGUUGUUUACCCCGCUUUCAAACACCACGGAGCAAAUGUAUAGGGAUAUACAUUCUACUCUUCCCGCUCGAUACAAGUGUCACUAAUGAAGGGUGCAUGGCAGUAUUGAAACUGUUCAGAAACGUGAUGAGGUGUCUACUCAUCUUUAAUGCCAUAGUAAACUUAUAUUCUGACGGAUACCUCAAGAAAACAUCAGUUAUCAACCAACAGGUAUUCUCGCCUUCUCAUCUGUAGAUACCAGCAUCCCUCACUCCUGUCGACCUAGCAUACUUUGCAAACAGCUAUACACACGGUGCCCUCGAUCAGUAUAGAACCAGUCGAAAUCUUAUGAUCAUAGGUGACUAAUUUUCAGAGUAGCCGAGAAGAGUAUAUUUUGAAUUUUCCUAUGACACGAGAAGGGAAGGGGAGCCCUUGCUAACUAAGUAUAUAAUCCUUUUGAACA